GUUUCCUACUGGUGGUACAACUGGUACGUGCGGUUGUUUUGUUUGUGUGUGCGCCGCCGUCGUUCACAAUUUUCUCAUUCGUUUUUUUCCCUCCGUCUCCUUGUGUAUCGUGGUUGUUCUGGCGCUUGUUCGACAAUCGGUGUAAUCAUCGUUUCCAUUUUUUGUGCAUCGUCGUCGCCGUACAUUUUUUCGCGACCCCUAACAACACUUGAGCUACAGUUUUACAAGUCACUAGGAAAUAUUAUCAUUGAUCCUGUCUGUCACAUACUCCUGUCAUACCCGUAAGUAAUGUUUGCAAUUAUUAAGCAGUCGUCAGUUUGUCUUAUUUUUCCUCCUCCAUUAUCUGCCACCGCCUCGUUUGCAUGCUGCCGGUCGAGGGAACUCUUUUUACUGUAUAUUACUUAUCCUCAGAAUAAAUACUUUUGUAUACAUAUUGAACAAACACAACGGAUUUUCAUUGGCGCUAACCGGUGACCAUUCCCGACUCCGCGCCACCUUUCCAAGUGCGGGUUAGGUGUUUUGUAUAAUGUUAAAAUUUUGUUGUUAUGUGCUUCUAUGUCGAGUAAUCUCAUAAAAUAAUCAAUUUAUCGUAUCGUAAUUUUUGUUCUUGUUUUGUGAUACGCUCAGGCAUUUAAACACAUGCAUUCAACUAUUUUUUCAUAUUCUCCCAUACCUGCCUUCUACUUAUGAUAAUAUAACGGUUUAACAAUAUUAUUGGCCCAUAAUAACAAGGCGUAUGAAUUGCAAAAAUCAAUAGGUAGUACUGUUGUAGCUUUAAACCUGUUAAUUAAAUCUUACCGCAUCCAUCACAUUAUUAAAUUAAUUAGUCCACGAUGUAUUCAUACUGAUUAAUUAUAAUUUAUGAUAUAAUAUGCUUAAAAUUUGACUCCUCACCACGCGACUUUUCCACAUAAUUUUAUAGGAAUCUAAACUUAUAAACAUUUAUCAGUAAUUUUCAUUGUGAAUACCUAGUUAAAAAUAGUUUUUUUUAAAUUCUUAUUGAAUUAAACUUGUUUUUCAUCAAAUUAUAUUGCUGUCUGUCUUUAAAAUGCAAUUCACAAUUUUGAUAAUAAACAGGCUUGGCUACCGUAGGGGAUAUUGAAAUUUUUCCCGAAGUUUUUCAUUUUCCAAUAUUAUCCUAAUUUCCCUAUCUCAGCUUUGCAAUUUCUUAGGUAGGAAGUAGGUACCUUAUUUAUAAAUGUUCAAAAGUGAACCUCAUUUAAUUAUGUCUGCAUACUUUAUCAACCAAGUCUCCCCUACUUACAUGUAUAUUGAUGUUGAGACAUGAUUUAUUUAUAAUUUUUAUUCUUUGAAUCACUUGUUUUCUAACAGUGACACAGUUAUAUGACCCCCGGUUAUUUUAAAAUUUAAUUUUAAUAAAAUAUUUUUAUAUACCUUUCUGUAUAAUUGUAUAAGACCUGUUCUUACUAUGUCCUGUUAUCGCUAUCUGAAGGUUAAAUUUGUCACAAACUGGCAAAAUUCUAUUGGUUAACUUAUGCUUAAUACUAACUGGAACUUUAUGGGACAUUAUAAGAACCAGACAAAGUAUCUAUUUACUAUCUAUUAGUUGAUUUGGUUGGUGCUUUUCAAGGUUAAAAAUGAAAUUUGUCUAAAUAUUCUUUAUAGUCCUUUUGAAAAGGGUUUUGUGUUUAUGAUUCUCCUAAUAAAUAACUCAGAUUUUUUUUUUGUAAUUAAUUCAAAUAUAUUUUUGUAGACGGGUCAACUGCCAACGCAGUAUAGUGAGAGCUGAUAGAUAGAUUUUCGUGUUCAAUUAAAAUUGUUAAAUUGUAUUGUCACAGUAAUCAUUAAUAUCGUAAUCUAGAUAUGAUAUUGUAUGAACUAAUAAUGACUGGUUUUUCCCCUUGUGUUUUGAGUGACCAAGCGAACAAAUUUCAUUUUUAUCUAACAGGCAAUAGCGUUAUCGAAUAUUUUACCAAAAUAAUAUGAACAACCACUCAAGUUUACGUAAAUAAUAAAUAUACAUAAUGAACACAAUGUUCACAAUAACAGUUUCUAUUAUAUACAUAACAUUUUUUAUCUUUUUUAAUCUUAUAAUUCAUCGAAUAAUUUGAAACAAAUUUAUGUUUGGAUAAUUUUAAAAAUCUCACACCCACUUUGUGGACCCCCGAGUUACCCUCUACGGACCCCCAAGAGGUCCAUGGACCACCGGUUAAGAACUCCCGAUCUAUACAAAUUUAAAACAUGUUUAGGAUUUAUUAUAGAAAAGUCGUAAACAUAUCUAUUAUUAUUAUUUAACUACUCAAAUAUUUCGAAUGGUUACGAAUAGCUCAAAAAUGGGCAAGAUGUUUUAAAAAUAUAUUAUUUGCUAAUAUACUUAAGUAUUCUGUAAAACUUUUAAGUUAACAAUGAUUUUAAAUUACGUUAUAAAAAUAAAUAAAUUUCUGGGAUAUUUUUUCUUGAUAUUGUUCAAUAUGGAUGUAUGUUCCCUCAUAGAAACUAAAAUAGGUAAUUUAAAUAAAUAAGGUGUUUAUGAAUUCAUUAGGAUCCCCUCUCUCUCAUGUUAUAAGGUAGUUAAAAAACAAACAAACAAAAUUGUAACAUUAUGACACCCAUACCAUAUUUUUAUGUAUAACUUAUUUUUUUAAAAAUUAUAUCAGCAAUUUUUAAUUUUACAUUAUCUUAAAUAAAAUUUGAGAGUUAUCUUAGCAUUGUCUAGUGUAUAGAAAUAGCUUCCCUGAUUAUACAGGUACCUUGUUUACAAGCCCUAAGUGUAUUUUUCCUAACUAUAUAUUUUAUGAAAAACAUUGUGAUUAAUCUGCAAUUGAAAAAUAAUAAUUAUAGGUAUUUAUUACUGUCAUUUCUUUAAUCACUAAAGCCUGUUUUUUGUUACUGCUGUGGGUUGAAAUAACUUCUAAUAGGCUCUGCCACAGUUAACUGUAGUAACAAAAUUAUAGCUUAGGACUAAAUACAUAUUAAAAUAAUUACAAAUAUAUCUACAAGUACCUACAUAGUGUAUAUGUUAAUUUUUACUGAAAAGUAUAAUUUUUUUCAAUAAUAUUAAAUUUAAAUACCUAUCUAUGUCUUCAUAUAAUUUAUUUUAUUAUUUUGAUGUUAAUUCUUCAACAGGGAUCUGAAAAAAAUUAAAUUUAAUGUUAACUAUAGUUUUCAGUUAAAAUGAAAACUAAGGAAGCAGUAGCUGUAGGAGACGAUUCGGAAAAUGAAUUUGAAGUAGAUGAACCUGAAGAAGUAGAAGACCAUUCAGAUGAUGAAUGGGCACCAAGUGCUGCGGUAUGUGGAUUAAAUAUUAUAUAUUAUAAUUAAAUGAAUGAAUAGUAAAUUUAUUUAUUAAUUAAUUAGGCAAAAACUCCCGGUAAACGUGGUAGACCAGCAAAAAAUCCACCCGGCAGAAAGAAGAAAAUGCCAAAGGUUGAAGAUGACGACGAUGAAGAGGAAGAGGAAGUAUUACCAAAAAAGGCUAGAGGAUCAUCAAAACCAAAACCAUCAACACCAGCUAAAGGGCGUGGAAGAGCACCUAAAGGCAAAGCUAAAAAGGAAGAGGAACCUGAAGAGGAAGAAGAGCUUGAUGAUGAGGAUCUAGCAGAUGAAGAAGAGGAAGAAGACGAAGAUGUAGACGAUGAAGAAGUAGAUGAUGAAGAAGAAGACGAUGAAUAUGAUGAUGACGAAGAAGAAGAACUUAAUCAGGGACCAAAUGCAAAGCCUGCUAAAAAAUUUACAGUAAAUUAUAAAUAUAUAUAUAUAUAUAUAUAUAUUUAUAUAUAUAUAUAUAUAUAUAUUCAUAUAUUCAUACAUUCAUACAUAAAAGUUAUUUCAUUUUUGAACAUUUUUUUUUUAGUCUGGAGCAUUUGUUGUUCUAAAAACAGAUAUGAUUGUUAAAGGCAACCCUCCUGUGUGGAAAAUUGAUGGAAAGGCAUUGUUACAAAAAUAUGUUCCAUUCAAACAGGAUGGUAAAGUGUUAUACAAAAAUACAUCAGUUGUAAGUAACUGAUUAUUACAAUAUGCAUAAUUUAUAUGAUCAUAUUGUUAUGAUGAGAUUUGGCUAGAAAUUAUUAUUAUAUUUUUUUUAUAUAGUAUUCAGGUUGGGGUUCUAAUGUUAAAGAUCAGUACUAUUCCGCACCUGUAACAUUUAUACAGCAAACACGUAAAGAACACAUAAUUGAAUUUUUCAAAGAUAAAAUUAAGAAGUAAGUUAAACUUAGUUCAUUUUUCAAUAGUUUUAUUAGAUUUGAUAUCCCUGUCUGUAAGUGUAAUGGUCAAAUUAAGUAAUUGUAAUGUGAUCCCUUUCUAUUUUUCCAAGCUGUAAUUUUGCAUACAGCAUUCAGGCUAAAAAAAAUUUUUUUUUUUAAAUAAUUUUUGAAUAUUAUUUUGGUAUUUUAUUGUUCAUAUAAUGAUGUUUAGGGAUCCUAAAAUUGAAGAGGCUGCUCAAAAAGAAAUGGAAGAAGAAGAUGCUGACUUUGCUGCAGAAGAAGCAAAAUAUGAACAAGACGAAGCGUAAUAUUGUUACAAAGAAAUAACUAAGUAUGACUGUUCCCUUAUUAUUAUUUUUUUUUCAGUACAUUUAUGAACAGCUUUUUUAAACAUUUUUCAUUUUAUACUUUCAAUGAUAAUUAAAUUUUAUUAUUUUGUUAAUAAUGAUGUAAAUUUAGCACCAAAAUUAUUUUGAUUAGUAAUUUUAAUUAUAUCUAAUAUUUGAAUGGUACAUUUAAAUUCAUAUUGAAUGUUCAACCUUUUAAAUUCCUUCCUAAUCAUUGGAGUAGUAAUAAUUUAUAUUAAAAUUAUCACAUUUAUAUGUAGUAGUUAAUUCUGGUUCUAAAUUCAUUAACUUGAAGCAUAAUAAGUUAAGUUGCUUUUAUGACUAUAUAUAUGCGGUAAAAGUGUAUAAUUUUUCUAUCAAUAAUAUUGUCACAGACACAAUAUGAUGUGUCCACAUUAUAUACACAUUACAUAUAUAGUGUAUAUUAUAAGGAUUAUAAUUUUGAGAAAGUGACAAGUUUCUUAUAGUUUACAAACAAUAAAAAGUCUUUUAAAUAGAGAUUUAAUAACUAGUACCUAUUUCAUUUCAAAAUUUUUGAUGUUGUAUAUAUUAUAUAUUUAUAUUUAUAUGUAUGUGUAAGCUAAAUAUUUUAUUUACUGCUUACAAAUGAAUGAAAAUAAGAAUAAACAAUUAUAUUAGUAAUACAAUUGACAAUUAUUACUUUUUGUGUAAAUUUAAGGGAAAAUAAUAAUUAUUUUUUUGUAUACAUGUUUAUUAUUACCUUAUCACUUCUUUAUUAUUCAAUUGUAUUCAUGUGUGUUUUGUUUAUUGAAAAAUUGGUGGUAUAAAUAUAAAUUCUAAUAUAUUUCAAUUUUAAGUAACAAUAAUUCUCUGCCUGCUGGUAUAUUUUUAUUCACUUAUUUAAAAAUAAAUUUAACAUAAAAACAAGCAUAUACUGUUUAAAUAAAAUAAAACCUGAUGCGUCUAUAGUCCCUAAAUGGACCAUAAAAUUUUAGACUUGUAUAUAUUAUAUACAGUAUAUUGUUAGUGAAUCUAGUAACCCGAAAAGUACUUAAACGUAUAGUUACAGACUGUAUUUUCUUGUAAAAAUAAACCCCAAAAACCAUAUUGUUGUGAACUGUAGAAAUCCUGAGAGUAAGUAAACAUAUUUUCCCAGAAUCUAAAUUUUAAGCGACACUAACACCAUCAAGAAGUGCAAUAUAUUAAGUUUUAAAAUAGACAACUAAAAGUUACUAUCUAAAUAUAUUUCUAUUUAUUAAAUACAAUCUGC